AUGAAAAUAUUAAAUCUGUUUUGUGAGGAAGGCUGUAUGCAUCAUCCAUCUACUCAGUAAAAAAAUGGUACAGUCUUUUGAAAAAGUAAGAGAAGAGGAGAUAAGUGUAAUGACGGAGAGGUUGGAGAAAGCAAGUUCCGAUUCUUUACCACUAAAUCUAAGCGAGCUUCUUAUAACACUUACAAGCGAUGUGACAAGUAGAGUUUCUUUGGGAAGAAAACAUAGCAACGAUGCAACUCUGCAAGCAUGAGCGAUUUCAAGAAUCAAGUGAGGAAAAUCACGGAGCUGGUAGGCGGAUUUCCCGUUAGCGAAUAUAUCCCGUCUUUGGCGUGGAUCGAUCAUAUACGUGGUCUAAAUGCUAAAGCGGAGGAAGUGAGUAAAACUUUUGGAGAUCUUAUGGACAAAGUGGUGCAAGAGCAUUUAGAUUCCAGAGAUAAACAAACAAUGGAUUUAGUCGAUAUAUUGCUAUCCUUCGAAAGACAGAAUAAAGAUGGAAUAGAAAUUCGACGAAGCGACAUUAAGUUCAUAAUCUUGGAUCUUUUUUUAGGAGGAACGGCAACAACUCACUCACUACUAGAAUGGACAAUGACGGAGCUUAUUAGACAUCCGGAAUGCAUGAAGAAACUCCAAGACGAGAUUCGCGGUGACACAACAAAGCUUAAUAUAUAUAGAUCACACGAAGAAGUUGAAGAUAUGAAGUACUUAAAAGCGGUGAUUAAGGAGGGGCUUCGGUUACAUCCCUCUCUUCCAUUACUAGUUCCAAGGCUACUGACUGAAGAUGUCAAAUUAAAAGGAUAUGACAUAGCUGAAGGCACACAGGUAAUAAUCAAUGCUUGGGCUAUUCAAAGAGACACUGUGACAUGGGGGAUGGAUGCAGAAGAGUUUAGGCCAGAGAGGCACUUAGAUUCACCUUUGGACUUUCGAGGAACAAAUUUCGAAUACAUUCCAUUUGGUUCUGGAAGAAGGAUUUGUCCGGGAAUCGGAUUUGCUAUGGCUUUGGUUGAGGUGACACUAGCCAACCUUGUGAACCGAUUUAACUGGAGAAUGGAUGUUCGGUUUUCAGAGGAUGAAUAUAAUCUAGCUGAAGCACCGGGAAUCGAUGUUUGCCGCAAAUUUCCUCUUAUUGUCUUUCCAUCUACGGCCUAAUCUAGUCCCCAUGUUGUCAUGAUGCAGUUCUUCAAAUGGAUUUUCUCUUUAUGUUUGAAUAAGUGUUGUAUGGUUGAUUAUCGAAUAAACGAAAUCUAGUUAG